AAAAACAACAAAUAACAACACAUUGCGUUUCGGUGAUCGCCGGGACAACGCGGACACUGUGUUUUACGAUUUUGUGCAAUUAAAGGCAGUGUUUUUUCCUCCACAAUGAUGCUGUUCAGUGUUACACGCUCGCUGCUUCGAGGGGCCCAACGAUUAGACAUCCACCGGAACCGGGAUGUGCACCGGUGGGUGGCACCAACGUUACGCGAACUUCGCCGGCGCCGGGAAAAGAUGGGCCCGGAAGCUGCGCUGCCCCGAUCGUCCCACUCCGACUGGAACUAUAGUGCAGAAAUCUUUGCCUUUGGCAAAAGAUUGCAAGAGUCGUUCGAUGCAAACGUGCUACAGCAAGCCUUUACGCAUCAAUCGUUCAUCGAGCAGGAAACGCGCAAACAGGCAGCAGUCGGCAUUGAGCAACCGGUGCUAGGCGUGAGCGACAACAGGGAGCUGAUUGCGCAAGGCGAACUGUUGGUUGCGGAAUACGUAGAAGCUUUCCUGUUGACGGCGCUGCCACGCUUACCGCGUCAAUUUAUCGCGUCCGUAAGAGAAGCACUCACCAGCGAAGCGCAACUCGCCCACGUAUCGGCCCAUCUCGGAACGAAGGACAUCAUCAUGGCGGCGGAGUUCUCCAUCGAUGACGCUCUGCUGGCAUCGACGCUGAAAGCCAUAGUUGCGGCACUCCAACGCUCUUCGGGUGACGAGCGUUGCUUCCUGUUCGUGCGCGACUUCCUGUGCGGUCAGCUGAACCAGCGCGACCUGUACGAGUAUCUGGAGAUAGCCGAUCCGCUUCGCACGCUGCAGGAGUACUGCAAAGAGCGAGGCCUUGCCGACCCGGAACCGCGUCUUAUCGGCAACGUUGGAAGAAACACGCUGCUGGCAGCGCACCAGGUUGGCAUUUACAGCGACCGCAAGCUACUGGGCACGGGCUACGGAGAGAGCCAGACGGUCGCAGUGGAGGAGGCUGCUCGGGACUGUCUGCGUCAGCUGUUCGGAACCGAGCUGCACAUGAAACCGGUCAAUUUCACGCUAACCUUGUCGGAUUGUGCACAACAUUUAACACGCCGUUCCGCUAGUGGUAAGGUUGAGAAGCGACAGUAAGAAUGAUUGAACGGUGUGUGUUUCCCAGUUCCUGCUGAGUGGCCAGCCUUCAUCUCGCCAGCAUUCAGAGCAGAGUGGUGUAAUUUAUUGUACAAAAACAGAAAACAAAUCACACCGGAAACGAACGAAUAAAUUAGUCCUAUCAAAUA